GCCGCGGUACCUUGUGGGAAGACAGAAAGAUGGCGGCGCCCGUAGGGCGUACUCUGUUAGGGGUGGCUAGAGUCUGGCGGCGGCUUGACAAACUCUGGGCAGGUAGCCCGCGUUCUCGCUGCCUGUCCCUGGAGGCUGCGCCCUCAAGCAGCCGGUCUCCAUGGCGCCUGUUGGGCGCCUUGUGUCUGCAGCGGCCACCGCUGAUCACCAAGCCGCUCACGCCAUUGCAGGAAGAAAUGGCGAGUCUACUACAGCAGAUAGAGGUAGAGAGAAGCCUGUACUCAGACCAUGAGGUUCGUGCUCUGGAUGAAGCUCAGAAGCUGGCAAAGAAGAAGGCCGACGUUUUUGACGAUGAACAAGAUGAGCAGGGCAUCACGCUCGCACAAGAUUUAGAAGAUAUGUGGGAGCAGGCAUUCUUGCAGUUCAAACCUGGAGCUCGAGUGACAGAAGCUGAUAAAAAAAAUGACAGAACCUCCUUGCAACGUAAGCUGGACAGGAACCUUGUCCUCUUAGUCAGAGAGAAGCUUGGAGACCAAGAUUUUUGGAUGCUUCCUCAAGUAGAGUGGCAGCCUGGGGAGACCCUUCGAGGGACAGCUGAGCGAGUCCUGGCCACACUCUCAGAAAACAACAUGGAAGCCAAGUUCCUCGGGAAUGCACCUUGUGGCCACUACAAGUUCAAGCUCCCCAAGGCUAUUCGGACAGAGAGUGACCUUGGGGUCAAAGUCUUCUUCUUCAAAGCUCUGCUGCUCAAGGGAGACUUCAUGCAGGCCGGAAAGAAGGGCCUCCAUGUGUGGGCCAGUAAGGAUGAACUGGGCGACUAUCUGCAGCCCAAGUACCUGGCCCAGGUCAGGCGGUUUCUCCUGGACCUCUGAUGGCCUCAGCUGCCUGUGGAUGAUGCUCACACGAGUCAAGUGUUAGGACCUCAGGAACAAUGUUGAUGCCCAUUUACAGGAACUGUCAAGCACCAGACUAAAUUCUGAGCAUUAAAUAUAUCUGUCAUUGUGUUGGAUUUUGAUUUGUCCUUCAAGGACAACUGGCUUUGCCCAGUGAAGUGGGGCCAGGACAGAGUGUUUGUCUACAGCAAGUUAAAGCAUUGUGAUAUAGUGAAUUAACAGACCUACUGUAACAGACCUACUGGACUUGGAAGAAAAAGAAAUGAAUUGGCUUAACUUGCCAGUUCUGAGAAAGUUUCUAGGCCCAUGAAAAGCCUAAUUAUAUAGUUCCUUAGUUGUUUUUCAUGUUAGCUUUCCUUUCUACUUGAUAGGAAGGAAAUAUCUUCUUUAUCUCUCCCUCCCUUUGUUUUGAAAGUUUUAUGUUUAGUAUAUUAAUCACUUUUUAAGUGUUUAGCAAGGGUCAUUUGAAAUAAAGUCUAUCUUCUCUCCAUUCUA